GUUCUUAGAGUUGGUAACAAGGAAGAAUUUGGGUUCCUUUGGGGUUUAUCAUGAAAUUGAAAAAAAAAAAAAAAGAAAACCACAAAAGACAAAUUUGAGAACAAGGCUCUAGGCAGAGUAUCAGGAUGUUUGAGUACAAGGGCAGUACUCCAAAUAUUCUGUAUUAUUUAGGCCAAAUUAUUUUAUUCCUCAUUUCCAGCAGCUCUGUGCUUUCACCUGGGGUGAGAGAGUCACUUGCAUGCUCAGGUAUCUCCUCUCCUCCUGACCAGGUCAAUGGUUUCUUAAAGGUCCCGAAAGCAAUGAGAUUCUGAAAAACAUGGUUUACCAAGAAAACAGGAUGCAUCAUUACAAUAUGGUGAAAUAUUAUGUCAGUGGUGUUAUACAAUUAUUGCUUGAACUAAAAGAACUCUCAGUCUUACAUAAACCACUUUUGCAAUGUAAGAAUUUUACAGAAGCAAUGCUGGUUUUGUGGGUUUUUCUAAAAUCCUUAUUUUUAUUUUUUCAACACAAUAUUCAGAUAAUCACAGAAUUUAGAGAAUGAGAGAGAAGAGAGGGAGAAACCCAGGAGAAAAAAAUAAGGCUUGUUGCUUAAUCCCCCUGAAAUGCAGACUCCUCAGUGAGAGCAGAAAAUGCCAGGGAAAUACUUGUUUUCCUCCUCUAAAUAUAUGAUUUUUUUUCAGUAGAUACAGUUAGAAGCACUAAAUGCAGAAUUUUUAAAGAAUUUUUUAUGGCAAUUGUAGCUACAGCCUUUUCAUUUCAUUACCUCAAUUAUGGUAAGGAAAAAAAGAAAGUAUGGUUUUAAUUUACAAUCCCAAUUUACAUUGACACUAAAGAGAAGCUAUCCUGCUGUUAAGAGGAACUUUUCCAAUUAGACCCACACUUCAUGGUCUGCUGUUGAAAAAAGGAUUUCAAAAUCUAAUUUUCUGAAAUGUCAGAAGUGAACUAUUGCCUUUUGUGUUUGUCACAAGUCCCUGUGACUCGGCAGAGAGGAUGUCACUGCAGUGCUUAUUUGUGAAAUGGGUUUUGUGAAGCUGUCCUUUGUACCCUUCUGCCAGGCAGAGGUGAAAGACCGCGGGAUGAAAGUGAAAGGAGAGUUUGGUCUCGUUAGUAUUUAGGCUGAUUAAGGGGAAAAAGGCUUUGGGAAGCUCUUCGUGCCAAAGAACAAAAACUAUUGCUGGUGCUCAAAACACUGUGAAAUCCCACCAAGUUCAAACGAAGGUACUGAAAGGAGAGACAGCAUACACUCAAAAAAAAAGCAAUUCUGUCUCCCCAGGUUCAGGGUUCACACACUCAUCAAUCCCAGGCUGUGCUUUCCACAAUCCGUGCUGGACUGGGCCAGCUGAAGGAUCAAUAGGUGAAAAGUGGCUGAUGAGUACACAAGAAAGGACUUUGCCUUAGGAAAAGAAGAGGCAUGUAAGUUAUCUCUCUCAUGCAUGUGCUGGAGACCUUCAACCAAGAUUGUUUUAUGCUGUUUAGGUUAAAUUUGUUAUAUUUUGAUGUGGCUUUGGACUGGAAUGUUUUACAUUAUACCACAAGUCACAGUGUGAAGAAUUUGUGAUACUUGAAAACAAAUUAUUAUUUUAUACAUACCCAGAGACAGACCAAUUAAGCAUAAGGAAUUUUAAUUCUCAUUAUAUAAGUGGUUAUGCACAGGCUUGCUCUUUGUGUUUGUGAGAUACAGUGAGAAAAAAUUCUAUUUAAUUGAAGUCACUGGUUUACACUCUGGUGAAAAAAAUAGCUUUAUUAAGAGUCAGAACAUCUUAAAUUUAAGCACAAAAUACUUACACAGCAUAUUGCUAUGGACUGCUGUUUUGUACUCACAUAUAUUUAUUCAUACUUCACUUAAGGAAGCAAGAGAGUACAAAUCCAAUUAAAGACAAGUGAAAGCAGCAUAAUAAUAGCUUUUCCAAGGUGCCCUUUAGAAAGUGAUCUGUAAAAAUGUCUAGCUGGGGUUCAUACAUGGCUAUUUCUAUAGCUGUGCAAACAGACCUCGGUGCCUGACAAACAAUCCAGCCUGGACAAUGGAAAUCCCAUCUCCUCCCCUCUGAUAAAGAUGGGCACAGAGCAAGAUUUUGGUGUGACCUCACACUUCAGAAGUGCCUUUCCUGAGACUUCAGGAAGAGGAAAUCCCUGCUGUUUGUUGUGGUCUUCUGGAAAUUGUUGGCUUUUCAGCUGGGAGAACUCCCUUAUGUCUUUCUCAAUGAAUGGGCACUGACCUUGAAGAUGUUAUUUCUUUUCUUAUUCUGUGUUUUUCUGGAGAAAAGCAAAGGACCCACUCACAGCUGUUUCUUGUCCUGUUUUAGUGACUAGGAUUGCUCAGUGAUUGCAUCAGCUCUGACCAUGGAUGGCAGCAGUGCAAGAUGGAGCAGCAGAACUGUCUCAGAAGAGUGCAGGAGCCUUAGCAUGCUCCACAGCCACUACUGCUCUUAAUUAACUCUUUCCAUUAUCUCUGCAAGAAUGAGAAUCCUUAUUUUACCAGCUGCAGGUUUAACAAGACUCUUCUGCCCCUAGGGAAAGUGCAAGCCCGAGCUCCCAAAAGGACUUUUUCUUCCACGUAUCUUUGCCUUGAACGUAGACCAGCUUUAUGGUGGAAAUCUCUACUCUUCGUCACCAUCUCUCUAGGGUUUGGGUGGCCAGAAGCCCUGAGGAAAAUGAUUCUGGCAUGAAAAUAAAUCAGUUUUUCGAAAUGAGAGUGCAAACCAGAAGAGGUGAAGGAAACUGUCUGUCUCUUGGGGAACAAAAUAAAGUCAAAAAACCCCAAAAAACAACUACACCUGGAGCAGGCAAAAUUUAGCUUUUCCUGAUAUGUUGUAGAGUUUCCCAAUGGAAAGGCUGGUACUGUUGAUGAGCUUUUGUUUGCUGCUGUCCAAUACACAACAAGCACCAUCAUUUCUUAUUACUGCCCCAAAUGUGGUUCAUGUGGGCACACAUGAGACAAUAACAGUUCAAGUCCAUGGGGCACAAAGUCCUGUGCAAGUUACUGCGUACUUCAAAGAUGAGACAAAAAAUGAGCUCCUAUCAGAGAGGAUCUACUUUAACCUUAAUCAAAAUAAUGGCUACCAAGAGAUGAAAAAAAUAAUGGUCAAGCCAGGGGCUCUGCAGCAGAACCUGUUCAAGAAGAGUAAUCUGCCAUAUGUUCUACUGGUCACUGAGAGCAAGGAGCUUUAUUCGACUGCCAAAAGCACUCGCAUCCUCCUGUCCUCCAAGAAAGGCUACAUUUUUAUCCAGACAGAUAAGCCCAUAUACACACCGAGUUCCCAAGUCAGAUACAGGAUCUUCAUUCUGGACAAUGCUAUGAGGCCAACGCACGACACAGUUACGGUUGCUGUGCUAAACUCCAAGGGAAUGGUGGUUAAAAAGUCAGACCGGAAAAUAAACGCGGUUUUUGGUGAACACUUCAAUAUACCUGACAUUGCUGAGCCUGGAACUUGGAAAAUCAAAGCCUGGUUUCAACAACAUGAAAUGUCUAAUGUUUCUGCUGAAUUUGAAGUUAAAAGAUACGAACUUCCAAGUUUUGAAGUCAAACUCAUCCCACUUCAUCCAUACUACCACAUCUGGAAUGAAAGCUUUGUGUUUGAUAUCGAGGCAAAACACUCUUAUGGGAAAGAGAUUGAAGGUGCUGCAUAUGUGCGAUUUGGCAUAAUCGGUGAAAAUGAGAAUAAAAUAUUCAUUCCAGGCCUGGAGCAACAGCUAUCAAUCCAAAAUGGAAAAGGAAGAGUUACUUUAAAUACACCACUAUUGGAAGAGAAAUUGAGAAAGAGUAUUUCCACUCUGGAAGGGUUUCAUUUAUAUGUUGCUGUUACCACUGUAGAAACUGCAAGUGGUGAGAUGAGAGAAGAGGAACUCAGCAGUGUGAAGUUUGUGAGAUCUCCUUAUACUGUUGAUCUGUCUAACACCAAAAAGUAUUUUGUGCCUGGAGCCCCCUUCUCGGUUACGGUUUCUGCCACUUCAGUUGAUGGUACUCCUGCUGCCUUCCUACUUAUCACUGCCACUGCUACUCUGCCUGGGAAACCCCCAGUGAAGAAGACUGCCUUCUGUAAUAAAGAGGGUCUGGUCUCCAUUACAUUUGACAUCCCCAGAGAUGCUCAAACACUUGAAAUAAAGGUAAAGGCUGAAGAGGGUAAAGAAAGGUUAGAAUCACCUGAAGCCAGCAUCAGAGCUGAAAGAUACCAGUCUGCUUCCCCAAACUACCUCAGCAUCAGCAUCCCACACAGCACUGUGGCACCUGGAGAUACCUUACCCAUCACCUUGAAUGAUAUUCAUCAGUCUGGCCGUGGAAACAUUGGCUAUUUCUAUUAUAUGGUUGUGGCAAAGGGACAGGCUGAGCUUCUGGGAAGGGUCCCAUCCUCAAACAAAGUAGUAAACCUCAAAAUCACUGAGAAGAUGGUGCCCGCCUUUCGGUUUGUAGCCUACUACUUCGUUGGGAAUGAGGGUCGGCAAGAGAUCGUGGCUGAUUCUGUGUGGGUGGACGUCAUGGAUGUCUGCGAAGGAAAGAUUGAAGUGACAACAGAGCAAGACACAUAUGAACCAACAGACCAGAUCAAUUUACAGAUUGAAAUGGACCAUGCAGGAAAAGUUGCCUUAGCUGUGGUUGAUAAGGCAGUUUUUAUUCUGAAUAAGAAAAAUAAGCUUACAGCCAAAAAAGUAUUUAAUGCUAUGAAUUCAUAUGAUCUUGGAUGUUCUGUGGGUGGCGGUGCUAAUAGCAUUCAAGUUUUUACUGAUGUUGGUCUGGCUUUUAUAUCGGACACGAUUCAAUCCAACAUUCGGGAAGGAUAUAAAUGUCUCCAGGGCACCAGAAGGCAGAAGAGGUCCUUGGAUUUUCAGAAAAAAAUGUUAGGGAUUGCCAGCAGAUACCAAAACGCUUCUCUACUAAAAUGCUGCCACGAUGGAAUGAAAUUAAAUCCCAUGAGGUUUUCUUGUGCAAAAAGGCUGGCAAAGGUGUCUGGCUCCCAGGAGUGCAAGAAUGCAUUCCAGGAUUGCUGUGAGAGAGCCACAGCCCUCAGGAAGCACGCGAAGCAGAGGACCAGAGCAGGCUUGGCACGACAGUACAGUGAACAGGAAGAAUUUUUUGAUGAAACCUCUAUCAGCUUGCGCAGUUAUUUUCCUGAGAGCUGGUGGUGGAGUUUUGAAGAAAUAGAAAGCCCUGGAAAACACAGUGUACAAAACUUUGCUCCUGACUCUAUAACUACCUGGGAAGUUCAGGCAAUAAGUAUAUCUCCUGAAAAAGGGUUCUGUGUAGCUAAACCCCACACCUUUGCAGUUUUCAAGGACUUUUUUGUCUCCCUGAGGUUACCAUACUCAGUCAGACGACACGAGCAACUGGAAAUAAAAGCAGUGGUUUACAACUACCUGCCCAAUGAUCUCCAGGUGGUAGUGAGGAUGGAUGCAGUGAAGGAGCUGUGCACCGCAGAGACGACGGCGAAGGCUGUGCAGCUGUCACUGCUGGCCAAGGGGAACUCAGCAACUCCAGCCUUCUUCUCAGUCGUCCCUCUGACUGUGGGAGAAAUUCCAAUUACCAUUACUGCUUUCGACCGGGAUUCUGGGCACAGUGACAGCAUCAGGAAGAAUCUCAAAGUUGUGGCUGAAGGUGUUUUACAGAGAGAAGAAGAGACCAUUUGCAUUAAUAGUGGCUUGAAGUCCCAUACAGUGGACCUGAAUAGACCACCUAAUAUGGUACCAGGUUCUGAUAGCCACGUGUUGGUUAGCCUGAAAGGGAACAUAAUGGAUGAGUCUGUUGAAAACUGCCUGAGUCUCAGUGGAGUUGAGAAGCUGAUUCAGGUGCCCUAUGGCUGUGCAGAGCAAACCAUGGUGAAAAUGGCCCCGGCAGUGUACGCCAUUGAGUACCUGGAUGCCAGCAACCAGUGGGUGAACUUCAACCCCGAACGGAAGCAGGAAGCCAUCGGUAUGGUUGAAACAGGUUACACUAGACUGCUUGAGUUUCAAAAGGAGGAUGGCUCCUAUGGAGCAUUUAAAACAACCCCCAGUAGUGUAUGGUUAACUGCAUUCAUUGUUAAAGUGCUCACAAGGAGCAGAGAAUACUUCAAUGUCCAAGACAGUCACAUAACCAACUCGAUUUCCUACUUGGUUGAUCAACAGCAGGCAGAUGGUUCAUUCCACGACCACCACCCUGUAACGAACAGGUCAAUGCAGGGUGGCAUUGGGUCAGCAGAAGAGGAUUUGGCUAUGACAGCCUUCGUAACCAUAGCACUGAAGCACACCCUACGUGCCUAUCCAUCACCUGAUGUGGCACGAGUGAUUACAGGAGCAGUGGCUUACAUGAAAAAUCAAUUUUCAAGAAAUACUGACUGCUAUUCUACAGUCAUCACUGCUUAUGCUCUGACACUUGUCCAGUCUGAUAGUGUAGAAGCUCCGUUUGUGAAAGAAAAACUAAGGAGCUGUUCGUCUUUUGAUCAAGCAAAGCAGCAGCGCUACUGGGGAAAUGGCAACGACGCAGUCUCAGUGGAAACCACUGCCUAUGCCCUGCUUCAAACCUUGCUUCUGGAAGACAUGGAAUAUGCAAGGCCUAUUGCCACGUGGCUGACAGAAAGAAGGAACUAUGGUGGAGGGUACUGCUCUACACAGGACACAGUGGUGGCCUUAGAAGCUCUGUCAGCCUACAGCAUACAGACACUGGACACUGCUUCCACCGACCUGACUGUCAGACUGGGAACACCUGGAAGGCAAAAUUACUACAGUAUUGUUCUGACAGAUGCCCUUGAAGGAUUUCAGAAGCAGCUAGAGUUUGAACUUGGGAGAAAACUUGAAGUAUCUGUACACGGCAAAGGAAAUGGGACAAUGAGUAUAUUAAAAAUGUACUGGUCCCCUGAGCUGAAGAACAACACCUGCAAUGAUUUGAUUUUGACAGUGGAAGUGGAAGGGAGCCUUAAGUACUCUGAAGCUGAAUACUCUGAUGAAGAUGAUUAUGAGGACUUGGCUACUGGAGAAAACAGCACAUUUGAGGCACUGACUACUAUGGAUUGGUUUGAUAUCCGCAGCAGAAGGAAAAGAGAUUUGACCACUCACAGCAAAACAGAAUCCUUGCAAUACAAAGUCUGUGUCAGGUCCACAGGUCCCAGAGUACCAAAGAUGUCCAUGGUUGAUCUAACUCUGCUGAGUGGGUUGGAGCCUGACACAAAGGAACUCGAACAGCUGGUGACAGCGUCAGACAGGUACAUUCAGCACUUUGAGUACAAGGAAGGGAAGGUUUUGCUCUACUUUGGUGAGCUCCCAAGUGGACCCGACCCAGAUUGUAUAUCAUUUGGGGCAAAGCAAAUCAAUCCCAUGGGCUUGGUUCAGCCAGCAAACGCCGUCCUUUAUGAUUUUUACAACCCUGACAGGAGAUGCAGCGUGUUCUACAGCGCUCCCAAGCACAGUGCCAUGCUUUCAAAGCUGUGCCACGCCGACGUCUGCCAGUGUGCAGAAGGUCCCUGCCCAAAACAAAAAUCAACUUUCAGUAAAGCAUUAACACAAGCCACGCGUGUUAGUUUUGUCUGCUACCAACCUACGGCAGAUUAUGCAUACGAGGUGGAGAUCCUCAACAGUACAAAGAAGAAUGUUUUUGAUUACUAUGAGGCCAAAAUCCACAAAAUCCUUAAAGCAUCUGCGGAUGAAAGCAUCCAAGUGCAGGAGCACCGACAGUUCCUAUCGCGCUCCUCGUGCAAUCUGAACAUUGUCCCUGGCAAACGCUACCUCCUCAUGGGGAGAGAUGGCCAAACAGUUGAUUGCAACAACAAGAUGCAAUACUUGCUUGAUGCACAAACCUGGGUGGAGAAAAUUCCAGAGAACAGUGAGUGCCGCAGCACUCUGCGCCGGCAGAGCUGUGGUCACCUGCGGGACUUCCUGAGCACCUCUGACAGCCUGUGCCAUGUCUGAACAGUGGCUCUGACCCCCACAUCUCUCUGUGGGACUGCAUCUUGCCUUCUGCUAGAAUUCUUCCUGCAAAGCCUGUGCAUCCCAGUGGUGUCUGAAACAUUGCAGGGAUGCUUGCAUUGCUGUUUCGCUGAUUGGGGUAUCCUCUUGUGGAUGUGUGUGUGGGUAAUACAACAAAAAUGCAAUUCCUCUACUAGUUAUUGUGUUUAUUGUACCUCACAACUGGGGAAGAGAGAGCAGGAGUUUCUGUCUCAUUGAGCUAUUAUACAACAGUGCAAUUAUCCUGCAGAAAGUCAAAAGAAAAAUAUAUUGUGCAUUGCCUGAUUAAUUCCUGCAGUCCUGGGCAGAAUAAACUUAUUUGAAAUGAUACCAAGACCUUUUCAUGGGUCAAAAAGAAAACUGGGCACUCAUGGGCUUACCUAUGUUACAUUGCUGCUGAAAGAGAAGAGAUACCAACACUCAUGCUUCAACACGUCAGCUGGUUUCUGGUUGUAAUUGUGAGUCCUGCUGACCCCAGGGCUGGAUUCCAUACACUUUUAAAGCUGGAACUAGACGUGGUACACUGAGCAUGUCCUGUGCUGGACUCAGGAGUUUUCCACAGGCUUGUUAGGCUGAUAGCUCACUGACAGCACAGAAAUGCUUUUAACUGCACUCUGUAGCCACGUGUCUUUCAAGCUUUUCCUUUUCUAGACUUUAACUCAAAACUGCUCUUUUCUUAGGAUAGGAAAAAGUCUCUGGAAAAUGUUUUGGUAACACUGAUAAGCAGAUGAUUUUCAACUGCAGGUUUUGCUUCUUUAGCUUGCCAGCCAAAUGCCAUUUGGCAGUCAUGUCUGAAGCAGAGAAGAACUGGGUAGGUCACCAUUCUCAGAUGCUCGUAUCACUAUUGUGCCAGCAGCUACCGAGCACAAACAUUUGCCACCUGGACUGCUUCUGCUACACUGCAGUAAAAAUUAGAAGGGCCUGUGUCCAUGAUAUGAUAAUUAGUAGGUCCAUGCUGACGUGGUUAAUUUGGAGUCAAAUGACUCUGCUGAUAGAAGGGGCAACAGUGAUGCUCAUGUGGCCAAGACACAAUACUGCAGCAGCACCUACCAAAACAGCUCCAUCACAAGAAAUUUCAGAUUAACAGAAGGCAGACCGUUCAUUGCUUUGUGCCUGAACAGCUAUCUCUGAAGGCUACAAACUUUAAUUUAGCACCAGCUGAACCUGGAUAUCAACAACAUCUUCCUCUCAGCUUCCAAGCAUUGCAUAGAUGUAGAGUAGGGAAGGCUCAUUUCAGGAAAACCUGCAUGACUGCUUCAUGAUAUAUGUAAAGGAAGAUAAGAAACCUACUGAAGGUGAAAGACAGACACCUAAAUUAACAAAGGACCUCAAGGUUUGCCCCAGCUUUCAAAUUUAUGAAACGUGAUUGUAAUGCCUGGUCAUGCAUUCUCUUUACUUUAUUACACAGCUUAUAUUAAUGUCAGUGAUAGGGCAAAAUGCAACUGAGAUCAGUAAAGCAAGUACUAAUUUCUAUUAAUAUAAGAUAAAGAAUAGGCUGUUCCACUGACAUACCCAUUAUCCAGUAAUUCUGCCAAUAUUUAUGAAAGAAUAACCUCUGAGGUUAAGAGCCAAAUCCUUUCUUUCCACUCCACGGGGCUAGAGUUAAAUACCAGUGUCUGACCUUUCUACUGUGUGGAGUACGUCAACAGCUCAGAGAUUCUUGCCUAGUAGACAAAUCACCAAGUAAUUGCAACACUCAAGACUCUGUAAAGUGUGGUGAAAGCAUCAUUAAAACUGUAUAUUAGGUCUAACAUAUAUUUUACGUAUUUUCUUCCAUUUCACUUGGUGAGUCUAGGCUGGAACUGCUUAGUGUCUGAACUUUGCAAAUGCAUUCUCAAUGUGGAAGCUAUUUGUGAUUAUUAAACUUAUUUUACUCUUAUUUUGGGGACAGAGGACCCAAACAUGUUUCUACUUUAACUCUGCCAAUUGGGACCCCCUUGCUUCCUAAGAAAACCUUUA